GCCGACAGCUGCUCGUUGUAGCCAUCAGCGAGCACGAUACUAUGAUGAACACACCGCCCUCGACACUGUCGGCCCGUCCUCACUCUCGCGCGCUCAAUCAACGUCCAUCUUCCAGUUUGUCCCAGCGUCCACCAUCAAGCGCGUCAUUCGCAAGACCAGUUUCAAGCGCGUCCUUACGACCCCAAUCACGCGUUUCUCGACCAAGUUCGCGUAUUUCGCGACCGGCCACCAGACAGUCCACGCGACUUGCGCCUUUAUGCCAGAAGCUAAUCACACAAGUCACUGGACUCACUUUAGAGAACGAUGAGGAGGACUUUCGUAUUACCUUGGAUUUCGUUUCUAGGAACCUAGAGCAUGCUACGGCAACGAAAGGAGGUCCGAGUUCUGAUAUGGCUACCAUGGACAAACAUUUUCACGGUUUCCUCGAAAAAUCCCGUAUACAGUCCAAUGAUACCCUUGCAGAAGCUUUGGAGAUGUCGUACCGGAAAGUGAAAGAUAGCGCGAAGGAACUCACUAAUAUCGACGGUGACAUCAAACUCGCGCAUCUUCCAGACCACCUGCAACUGCUUGCACUUCUGUCUGCUGCACCAGUGGAAUCUACUCUCAAGCACGCAGAUGCAUAUGUUGAAGCGAUCAAAAAUCCACCAGAGCCACCACCUUCUCUCACCUGGAAGGACAUCCUGGCCGAGGAGCCCUUCGAGGGACAACACUGGGAGGGCGUUUAUGGUUUGCCCUCAGGAAGCACGGUAGAAGGUUGGGAAAAUACGAGCGAUGGUAGCACCCCUUCACUUUCACCCUGGGAUGAUGACUCGGACGAUUUGGAUGAUAAUGAUUCGUUUCCUUACACUGAAGAUACUCCAUCAUCUCCUAGUCCUGUGGAACGAGUCUCAUCUUAUGGGCAGCCAAAUUUGAGUCUUUCAUACCAACAUCGUAGGGUUGUGGAGGAGUUGGAAGCUCGACAGUACUGGAGAGAAGAAUGGCGAACAGAUGCCGAUUUAUCUCGGCCAUUUAAUCUGGGCGAUGCAUCAACACUUGGUAGCUUGCUUGUAUUCUGGGGCCCUUCGUUGAGCCGAGCUCUUGGUGAAAGAACAGCUCUUUUGAUUGAUGGGCCUGAAUGCGAGAAAUACAUCAACGAGCAUGACGCUGUUCGUGAGGUGCUCAUGUGCCUCCAAGGACGCAAAAACCUCAUGAUCACUAGCAACUCAAGAUCUCCGUCGCUCAUGCGGCCAUCACCAAGUGCUCCCCGUCUCGUUCAUUUGACAUUAGGAUCCCAAACUUCUAUCCUAUCGUCCUUUGCGCAACUUGCUAGCACCAUGUCCCACAUCAGAAAAUUCACUUCAGCAGUUCUUUCCAAUGUAUUUUCAACCUCAGAAUCACCUCUGAGUUCAACGCACCUUCUAUCUCACGGCACACGUUCGCAGACCAUCGAAGCUUUCGCAGAUGCAGUCGAUUCUCAGCUACAAAAGUUCGGCCGCUGGUGCGCCGACAAAGAAGAACGGAUAUGUUGCGCUCACGCUGGCCUUGGCAACCAGCUGGUCGUCAGUCUACUGGGGCUCGAAAAAGACGUCAGAGAUGCAUUUUCAGUAACAUUCGACCUCCUUUUGGCCAUUCUGCGAGAGCUGAUGGGCUAUGUCAUGCAAUCGGAUAAUACGUCCGACGAAGGGAUCUGGUUAUUGGUAUCCCUGUCUAGUCGCGUGCCGCCAGCGGCUGUUACUACCCAUCUACUAGACGCAUGUCUGCGUGCUGUGGAGGAGCAGUCUUCCCUAGGAGACAAAAUCACUGCUGAAGCUCUCACUGAAGUGUUCGUCAGGUCCGCACAGCCUGUUUGGGCGAUGGUGGGCCGCUGGGUUGGUGAUGGGAUGCCAGUGCGGGACACGUGGGAAGUUUCUGAUAAUCAGACCCUAGAUGAAGAGUUCUUCGUCGAGGAUCACGAGCUCCCACUUAUGGACCCUGAUUUCUGGGCAGAUGGAUACGUUCUUAGAACUUGGAGUGACUUUGAAGCGCCCACAGCAGAUGCGAAGGCACUUUCCGUCCCGGUAUUCCUGGAACGUAUAGCUGAUCGUAUACUCGAGACCGGAAAAGCAGUUGGUCUGCUGCGGAUCUUAGGGAUUCCUUUGCUAAAUGAUGCAGAUGGCGAUGUUCACUGGCCAUCACUCGAAAUGCUGAUAGGACAGCACAAAGGGGAUACUUCAGAUCCAGAGGGUCUCGCUCACCUUAUCUCCGACAAGAUUGCGCCCUAUUACACGUCUUCGGGAUCUCGACUCACCCAUGUGCUAACCGAGGACUGUGAUCUUUCACGCCACAUCACGGCCAUCGAAGGGCUAUACCUGAUGACCAGAGGAGACGUCAUCGGCCAUUUCGCCGAUGUCCUUUUUGCAAAGGCAAGUGUUUAUCUAUACCAGUAUGCAGGUGCUAAUGCAGAUCGUCAGAUGAACAGCCAGCAACGCUGGCAAGACUUCCACUUCCUGAACAGCGCCUUUAGGGACGUUGUAGAUGCCAAUAACGCCACAAAGUACAUUGAGACUUCCCUUGUUCGCCUCUCCUAUCGGGGAAGCAAAACCACCGUCAUAGCACAGACGGUGAAAGCUCUUGAUGGUCUACUCGUUGAAUAUGCCGUGCCUUUUCCACUGGCGUAUAUUUUCACGUCGCGUGUAUUUUCGAUCUAUGGGUCGAUCUUCGCGUUUCUUCUGCAAAUACGGAGAGCGAAAAAUGUUUUGGAGCGCAUCCUUGUACGGGGCGACAUAGGGAGUAAACGACAUAUGAAGCAUGAGUUGAAGGUAUUUUAUGCGAUGAGGGGCAAGUUAUCGUGGUUCAUCAACACGCUGUUGAACUUCCUGACGACCCAUGUCCUGUACUCUCAGUUAGCGAUGUUCCACAAGAACUUCAAGGGGGCAGAGUCCCUUGAUGAGAUGAUCAAGAUCCAUAACGACCACUUGGACACAAUCCAGCGCGGUUGUCUGCUUCAUCCCGAAACUUCUGCCCUCCAUCGUGCUGUCUUGUCAGCACUUGACAUGUGUUUGCAUUUCAGCAGUAUUUUCGUCUCGUUUUCAGGUGAUAAUACCCAUGAUAUCUCACGGCUCUCUAUCGUUAUGAAACGUCACCGAAGUCGCCGCCAGAGACGGCUUCGUCGAGACGUCAUUGGUUUCUCUACCCCAGAGAUUAUCUCAGAUGAUGAAAGCGACGAUGAUUAUCACCAUGACGAGACGGUGGGCGAUGCACUUGAGCCUUCGUUUUCUCUGGCUGCCUCAGUUGCGAACUACGAGGGUGAUCUCCCCGAUCAUAUGGAUAAGUUGUCAUUGGAACUGGAUGGUGUUGUGCGUUUUGUUCGCAGGGGGAGUGAGGCCUGGGCGGGAAGUAUGUCUAAAGCUGCGCCUGCUUUCGGGGCUCUCGCGUUUGCAUUGGAAGAUUGGGA